CCACUAUGUCAUGUCACAUUGUUCCUUGUACAAAACAAAACAACCAUCAAUCACGUUGGCAUGGUAAUCAAGGGUGAAACGCCCAAUUUUCUAAGAUUUCUGAAACUUUUCUUCGGUAAUUUCUUACAACAUUUCUUUGUAAAGCCCUUCAUUAUAAGAAAUUAUCAGUGA